AUGAUAGAGAUAAUAUUAAAUGAUAGAUUAGGAAAAAAGAUAAGAGUUAAAUGUAAUCCCGAUGAUACAAUUGGAGAUUUAAAAAAAUUGGUGGCAGCUCAAACAGGUACAAGAGCAGAUAAAAUACGAAUUCAAAAAUGGUAUAUUAUAUAUAAAGAUCAUAUAACAUUACAAGAUUAUGAAAUAAAAGACGGAAUGAGUUUAGAAUUGUAUUACAACUAA